AUGCCUCCGCGUGCCACAAGGAGGACAAGUUUCGGUCCUGUCGUCAACCGCGGCCCUCCUGAUCUCGAGCCCGGUGGCCACGGCUUCGACGGCUAUGCUUUUCCGGCAGUGACUGAGCCGACCAACGACCCACCCGACGGUGUGAGCGAUACCAGCUCAAACGUUAUCCAACCCAUACGAAUGCAGGAAGGCUCUUCUCUCGGCGACACCGAGGAAGUUGACCUCAGCAUUUCGCGUUCGACCAUGACGAUCCUGACCGAGACGGUGUACCAAGUGCUGUUUCUCAUGGUUGUUGGAAAUGAUCAAUCCUCCUCUUUGAUAUCGUACCUGAGCAUCCUCAUUGAGGAUAUCCAGCUCCUCACCUACUUCUUCUCGGAUAUUGCUGGGCAAUUCUAUUAUGUACCUAGCCACACCGUGGCGAUCAUCUCGGAGCAAUACGACAACCUCACCAUCGGGCAGUUCAAUAUGUUCUUUUCGGUUGCGUGCACCGCGUGCUUGCUCAUGGUCGCCAACUGCGGCUAUGUGGCCUGGGGCGCAAUGUCUCGGCCGCGUUCGUUUCUGAAGCUGGUGACGCUGAAAACCAUGGUUCUCGAUGGUAGACCGAUCGACCUGCUCAUCCUCCCCACAAUUUUGUACACCCCGAUCUUCAAUAUUUUCUUGACUUCGUUCUCCUGUCCGUGGCAAACCCUAUCCGUUGACGAUCCCUCAGCCGUGUUUAUAUCGCAGAUGGGAUGCCUAAAUCCCCAACGCUUUGUCUACAUGUCGCUGUCCUUCAUUUCUUGCAUUCUGUUCGUGCCGACGGCGUGGACUAUGGGUUGUGUAUAUCUCGAUAUGAACCCGGUUAUGAAGGGUGAUAGGAACAAGUCGCACGGACGAAUGGACUUUUGCUAUGCGAUGCUGAAGACUGUCCUCAUUCUCGUGUGGAGAUUUGUGCCCAUAGGGUUCAUCCAACUCGGUGCAGUCCUGAUCAUGUCCAGCUGGAUGUUCUAUACCAUCCUGCUCUUUCAUCCGUACUUCCAUGCACGAUUCAAUCAGUUUCGAGCGGGUAUCUUUUGCUCGUCUAUCAUUGUCGGACUCAUCAGCGUCUUUGGGGCAGGGCUGUCAACAUUUUCGUCGAUAAUACUUCCAGGAUACUUUUACUUCAUACUACUUGGUGCGCUUGUUCCCGGAUUUGUCAUCGGGUGGCUCUACUGCAUGCACUCGGCAAAGAAAAUUUCUCUUGAUUGUCGACAAUCCCUGAACACCAUGAAUGCCUCCGUGCUCACGUCCACCGUCGAGGACGACAACAUCAUCGUUUUCCAGUAUUGGACUCACGUCGAGAUCACAGCCCGCUCCCUCAUCGAGGAGCUCAACAACCGAAGGCGCCGCAUUGAUCUUGAUAAAUUCCAAGAAAUCAGCCGUAUCUUCAAGAGAGGCAUCAAAGAGUUUCCAGACGAGCCGUACGUGCGCUUGCAGUAUGCCACAUACAUGUUUCACCUCACAAUGGCCAAGCGCGAAGCCAUACGCGGAAUGAAGAGGAUCAAGAUGAUGCAGCCAGCCUUUGAUGUGCUGUGCCAGGUUCACUUUUUGACUCAGAUUGGACAACAAGAUGUCGAGUCACAGUUCCUCGGCUCGGGUGUGAAGUUGAAUGUCACACGCUUUGCAGAGUUCCAGAAGACGUUCAAAAAGGCCCUUCAAAACCACAACAAAUCCGUGUUGACGAUGCUGGAGUUUUGGAAAUCCGUCUCAAACUCCAAGUCAACCCCGGUGGAUUUGCAAGCCCUGGGCAUGCACUUGUAUCAUGCUUCGCAGAAGGCUGACGAAGCCUAUACGGAGCUCAUUGGUCGCUUUCCCAAAAAUCAGCAAUUCUUGAGAAUGUACGGCAAGUUCUGCUUUGAUGUUCUCAACGACAAUGAGCGAGGAAGGAUGCUUACAGAUCAGGCCGACGUCCUCGAGUCUGAAGAAGCGUCAGCAUGGGACCAAGAAGCAACCGAUUUCCGAGACAGUCCGAACGAUAGACCCAACCUUCGAUCUCCCAGUGUUGGUCCUACUGCCAACCCACGCAUGUCCGUCGCUGUCGACGACAGGAAGUUUACCAAAGCCACAUCAUCACACGGCUCGUCGCACAUGAGCGAACACAAAAAUCAGAGCGAAAAGCUUCAGCUGAAAGCUAGCCUGAUCACCCAGCGUGGGAAAGACUCGAGGAUACUAUUCCAAAGCUCCACGGCUCUUGGCCUGAUCAGCCUGGUGAUCUGCAUCGUAAAUUUUGUGCUGAGCACCGCAGCACUCUCAAACACUGCACUGGGUCUAUCGGUCCUGCAGAGCCUCCACCACAAGGAGCGGUACAGCGCCUCUCUGGUCUACAGAGUGAGGCGACUUCAGGCGUACUACCAGGCCAAUGACAGCAUAUCCUUUCAGAACGAGCAGCUUACCCUCCAAGCCGAGAUGGACAUUCUGAACAGCGAGCUUCAUAAUCUCCUUGCGAGCUCUGAUUCGGAUCCGGCGACAUAUGCAUGGUACACUGUCCCGUCUAUACCGGCAAACAUGAGCGCCUACCCGGGUCUCCAGACUCGGUACACGCAACUUGUCACUGGAUACGAGCUCACCGAGAAACUCGUACUUGCGGGCUUUCGGCUUUCGUAUAUGAACAUGAACGACUUCAGAAACAUCACAUACGACAAUUCGUUCCGAUACAUCAUGGAUAACUACCAGUAUAUUCAUGUGUACAGCGACUACGUCAUGAACUAUCUUUUCUUUUUAUCCACCUCGGCAGCAUCCAACACCAUCAUUAUCCUGGCCUGCGUGCAGUGUAUAUCGAUCAUCAUUCUCAUUAUCGUGCUUGAUGUUCGCAUCAUGAUUACAAGGAAGCAGCAAGGCAAAUUGAUGGCGUUCUUCAAAAAGAUACCGUCAAAGCUGAUCAAGGAUCACAUCGAGAAGAUCGAAAUAGAGAUCGAGGAAGACGUUGGCGGCCUCGGGCUCGUAAAAUCGCACAUCAACCACCAACGAGCCAACCGUGAAGAGUUUCUUUUCACCAAAUGGGGACUUCGCCUACAGUACACCAUCUAUCUCUUUCUGCUGUGCUCUCUCUCGGCAUACAAUGCAUCGAUUAACAAUCAGGUUUGCGCUGCAUUGGAUUACUUUGCCACAUCCGAUCACCUUGCAAUGUUCUAUCGCUCGACUAUCACAACCGUCGUGAGGGCGUAUGGCCUUGAUCAACUGACGUUCGCAUGCCCUGUCAUGGACAAUACCAUUGACCCGUGCUUGCAGGGAUUAUAUUCUAUCGGCGUCGAGUUUGCCGUGGCCGACCAACUUGGCGAUCUCAUCACCUUCGACUACGAGAUCUUCCAGGCCACCAAAGAACUCGUCAUUCAAGACAUGAUGACUUGGGGCACUCCGCAGAACUUGCGCAGCUACUUUAACGACAGAUAUGCGAACCUCGAUUAUGUGAGAAACGCGCUCGUAUAUGGCGAUAAUACUCGUUAUCCCCCGACGGAAAACAUUGAAAACUAUCCCGAACCGAUUCUUGGGUACAUCACAAACACAUCCUGUCUCCCACUCAACCAAACGCUGUGCUCCACCCGUGUCUGGAACACUUCAAUCGGGUAUACCCCUGGAUUGAUGAACCGGGGUUUGCAGAACCUCUUGGAUCAAGGGCUGAUUCAGUACCAGGUCAUCGGAGAAGCACUGAAUGGCCAAGUUUUGUUUGCGCCUUCGCCACAGACGAUCGCAUUGCUCUCCGAGAUAUUAGAUCCGGACCUGGUCGACGGCUUGACUCGCGCAGAGGUCUAUGAGUACUCGCAGACGGCCACCAUCGUCAAUACGUUUGUUUCCCAGACAAAAUACGUCCUUGCAGCGCAAAUCUGUUUGAUCAUCUUUGGCCAAUUCUCGGUGAUGCUCCGCAUCACAAAUCGAUUCUAUCGGAUGCAGAUGUGUGUCAUUGAUCUCAUCAUAAGGCUCCCUGAAGGCAUCCGACGCGAUCCCUAUGUCAUCGAGCUCAUACAAAAUGAGCUUCGUUCAGGACACGAGAAAAAGAGCAGGAACGACUGGACUACAAGGCUGCGCGCUGUCCCAGGCACGAUAAGCAGACUCUUAUCCGGCAGGGCGGCCGCACAGUCCAAAGCAGAUCCGACCGAGGCGCCAGCGAGCCCGAAAGGCACAUUAGCAUUUGGACGGCUGUCGUCCCAUAAGCCUUCGGCGCUGAAGGUCGAGGUACUGACAAAAUCCAAGAUGGUCAAGUCGGCUUCAAAUAACUCAAUCAGCACGACCGACAAGGAAGGGGCCAAAGGUGUUGCUAUGCGUUCAAAGGAGAUCUGAUGCAUCGAAUCACAAUUGUUCCUCAAUACUUGACAAAAGCAUAGAUCCAAAUGAGAGGGCAACAUGGUCCUGCUCUGUCUGCUCGCUUGUGCCUGGAGCCAAAU